AAACCGGGUCUCUUUCUCCAAGAUGUCGGUGUACGGGCCGGUGGUGAAGAUCCACCCUGUCGUUCUCGCGUCUAUCAGCGACUCCUACGAGCGAAGGAAUGAGGGAGCGAGUCGUGUUAUAGGAACCAUUUUGGGUACUAUUGACAAGCACUCUAUUGAGGUGACCAACUGCUUCUCUGUGCCUCACAAUGAGUCAGAAGAUGAGGUUGCUGUGGACAUGGAGUUUGCCAAGAACAUGUAUGAGCUUCACAAGAGGGUCUCACCCACAGAGGUCAUCAUCGGAUGGUAUGCCACAGGCUUUGACAUCACCGAACACUCUGUGCUCAUCCAUGAGUACUACAGCCGCGAGGCCUCUAACCCCAUUCACCUGACUGUAGACACAGCGCUGCAGAGCGGGAAGAUGAACAUCCGCGCCUACGUCAGUGCACAGAUGGGAGUGCCAGGAAAGACAGUUGGUGUUAUGUUCACCCCACUCACUGUCAAGUAUAUCUACUAUGAUACUGAGAGAAUAGGCGUGGACCUGCUGCAGAGGACACGUGAGGCCCCCAGUCGUGCCAAAGGUCUGACCUCUGACCUGUCCCAGGUGGGCGGAGCUUCAGCUCGGGUACAGGAUAUGUUAGCCACUGUGCUUGCAUACAUCGAUGAUGUGUUGUCAGGAAAAGUGACGGCAGAUAACAGCGUGGGACGUUUCCUCAUGGACCUGGUCAACAAGGUGCCAACCAUCCCCCCUGAGGACUUUGAGAACAUGCUCAAUUCCAACAUCAAUGACUUGCUGAUGGUGACCUACCUUUCCAACCUGACCCAAGCACAGAUCGCUCUAAAUGAGAAGCUGGUGCUGCUUUGAGGAAACUUCUCUAAAGUCGUUCAUAUUUAAUUUUUGUACUUUUUUUUUUUUUUUUUUUCCUUUGGCUGAAAUGAAUAAAAAUGUUGAACAGUCAUUGUUCAGUCACCUUGGA